CAACCAAGUUUAGUUUGCUGUGAAAAUGACACGAACACAACGCAGCGCAUAAUAAUAAUAAUAAUGAUACGAAAUAUAUGUGUGUGACAAAGUGUAAAUUAAUGUUAAUGGAAAAUGCGUCAGUUAAUACGUACACGCAUUCGGUGUUGAAGUGAAUAAGCGAAUAGUGGUCAUUACAAGUCAAACAGAAUCGAUAAGUGUGCAGCUGGUGUUAAAACAAUAACAACAAGCGGAAGCAUUCCUCCGUUCAUUCGCUGUUCGCGUUUCGCACGUCGUUUUGCUUUGCUUUGCUACUCUCGUGUGCUAAAAAUAGACGUUUAACCACCCACGCCAAAAAAAAAACACGCACUUAAUUCGGCAACCUUAGUGGACCUUAGUGUGAGUUUGACUUUAAGAGCGAUGCAGAUGCACAAAAUUAUUAAACAGGGAAACAACAAUUACAAUAACAACGAUGAGGAAUUUCUGAGCAUCCGUUGCAUUGAAUGAGUGUCCUUGGCGUUGCUGCAUGUCACGCCACGCCACAAUGUCCGAUUUUGUGCCCGGCGAUUUAUGGGAAGAGAUACUGAGCCGCCACUGGACGUUUCUUGAAACCGAGGAGAGCCCACAGAAAUUGGAGCAACGAAAAAAGGUUGAGGCUUGCCUGAAGGAGUGCCUUAGCCUGGUGCCGCAUGAUCGCAAAUUCUUUUUGCCGGAAACGGGGCAUGUGCUGCGUAGAACAGUUCUCGAACUCCCUAAUUUCACCGCACAAAAUGGUAUUGUUGGCUUCGAGGCCAUCAGUCAAUAUGCCAACAACUUGUUCACCAAGCCCUGGCGCAAGGAAUUUCGCACGCUCAAGACCUACUCCGGUUCGUAUCAGCAUGAGGUGGAAGCGAAUUUGAUCGAUGCUGAACGCUUGUUCCUGGCCAUGGGCUAUCGUCGCGUUGCCGAGGACACGUUUGUGCUGGAGGGACCCAUUUGUCCCGACCAGGUGACAAAUGUCAGUCGCGAUGCGAUGGCCGCCUAUGUGGAGUGCCAGAUAAUGAAACACAUUUAUGCGGGACUGAGCGCCGAGGGUUUCAACUGCACUUGGCAGGAUAUCUUCCACUAUCGGGAAAGGCAUGUGGGCGGCCCAACACAAACCAUUAAGGAAAUGGCCUAUAGACUGCACGAGAAGCGGCUGCGCAAAGGGCAACAGCAACAGCAGCAGCAGCAGUUGCAACUCCAGCAACAGCAACAGCAGCAACUUAAUACUGAGAAUACCUAUAGCAAUAUUGCGCCUAAUCUCUGCGACAACUGUUCGGCUGAGAAGCUGACUGCCCCGCCCGCUCCCUGUGCGCUGCAUGGACCCAGCAAUAGCAAUACGAAUAGCUGUGCCUUGCAUGCGCCCAUCCACCAAUCAAUCCCGCCCACGAAUCUCAAUUAUAUGUAUCAACAGCCGCAGGGGGCAUUGAUGACGCAUUCGCGCAGCUUGGAGCACUAUCAGGAGCCGCAUGCGACGUUACCGCAUCGUCAUUCGUUUGAUCAGCAUCCCAAGGAGUGCGCUGCACUGCAUGCGCAGCACGGGCAUUUGUAUGAGACGCCUUACGAUUGCCUGGAUGGGCUCAGCUUGGGCAGUAGCGCCUCGUAUGCAGCUGUUGCUGGCGCCUACAAUGCUCCAGGCAAUCGCUAUCCGCUGCCCUACAACAUCUCCAGUCAGUUGAAUGCGCCCUAUGCCACGCCCCUGGACACCUAUGCCAAUGCGGAGCCGAGCAAUGUGAAUAUGUAUGCGAGCAUAGCCAGCAAGCCAAUGGCAUCGGUGCCCCAUAGCUGUGGCUACCACGGUGGGCCGCCUAGACAUCAGCCAAACACUGCUGCCGCUUUGGCCGCCAUGCAGCAUAGGCAGAGCACAUAUCCGCCGGAUCAUCUGAUUGACUUUGAUGAGCGGGCGCAGCUGAUGCAGCACGACUUCAAUGAUCCGCGGCUCUAUGACCGCAGAGGGCAGCGGGCACAGACAGCUAAGCAUGGCAUACUGAGUAACGCCAUGUAUGCCCAGCCACGGGAUGUUAUGUCUAUGGGCUAUGCUGGGGGCUACGAGGUGCCAGCGAUGCUGCCCACCACGUUGCCCCAGCCACCGCCACAGGACAUGUAUGUGUAUGCACGACCCAUACCUAAGAGCAGCCGGAUACGCAAUCAGGCGGAGUCGGUCGACAAAUCAACGGACAGACAUCGGGAGCCAAUGAUGGAUUCGCUGGACAAUAAUCGCAAAACAAUGCACAAGGAAUUAAGGGAACGCAUGAGUCUGACCGCCGGUGCCGCAGAUGGACGUCAGCAUGCGCGGGAGCGGGAUCUGCAAGUCUCCGAUGGCACCACCAGCUACGAAUCGCCCAGCAUGGAUGACUUUACGGUUCUCAGUAACGCGUCAUCGCCGCCGUUGAUGCCUAAGGUUCAGGAGGGCGUUGGCAGCUUUGAGUCCUGGAAUUAUGUGUUCAAGAAUCUUGAACGUUCCGGUUACUCCAAGGAUUUGGGUGAUCGUGAGGAUUUGCUUGUGCAGAGUUUGGAUUUGGAUUCGCUAACUUUGGCCAACGGCGGCGGUGGUGGUGGAUCUUCCGAUAAGCGGCGCACCGACACCCACACACAGGCCGCCGCUGCGGGGCCAGCGGAGAAAUCACGCACGCUGGAGAAGAAGCGUGAGCCGCGUGUUGUCCAAGCGGCGGCCCCUGCGCCCGCGCCGAACAGCAGCACGCCAGGCGUCAAGAAGAUCAAAUCCGCUUUAAAGACAGCCACCAUAGACAAUCGGCCAGGUGGUAGCACCCGCAGCGGACGGAACAGUGCAACAGGCGCUGUGGCCAAGCAUCCGCCGCCGGUGUCCACGCAGCUGAUUGUGACCAGUCCCAAUGAGUGGAGCUGUCGCUUCUGCACGUUUCUGAAUCCUGACACCAAACGCAUCUGCGAGAUGUGCUGUCGCAGUAAGGACUUUAAUCUGGAGGCGGCCGCGAACGUGUCUCAUGCAUCCUCGACCUGUGUCUAAGCUAUGCAACAAUAUGAAUAUGUAUAUGUAUAUAUAUAUAUAUCCGUUAUAUACAUUGAUAUAUGUAUAUGUAUGAAAACUGUACACCACGCAAGUGAUAUAUGGAAGAAGUUUUGGAUAUAUACAACUACAUAUAGAACUUAUAUAUUUUUUAUACGAAAUUCGUCAUUGCAAAACUGUGUGCAUGUUUAUAGAAAGUUCUCUAGUCUUAUAGCAACUACGUUUUCAAUCACAAUCCCCAGCAUUUUGUAUAUAUAUACAUGCAUACGAAUUAAAUACAUUACACAUAUGUUAUCUAUAUAUAAGUAAUAUUAUGAACAUUAUUAUUAUCGAUUACAAUUUUAAGUUCUCGAUUAGACUUGUGUACACAUGCUUUAAUUAGAUUGUAGAUUUGUUUCCAUUUGUUGUGGGCGUCGCGGUUUUUGUUGCAAAUGAUGUGCCUACACCUGGUAUAAGACGUAUGUAUGUGUGUGUGGGUGUGAGUGUGUAUUUAAUACUAACUAAAUAUAAGUAGUUACGGAAUAGAGGUGCGUGAGAGUGUGUCUGAAUGAACCUUAGAAAAAACUUUGUAAAUUUUGUGGUUUAUGCCAAAUUACAUUUAUUAUAUACAACAAAUAUAUAUAUAUGUAUAUUGGGAAAGCAAAGUAUAUUUAUUAUGCGUAUAUAUAUAUAUUUAUUGUAUAAUAGACUAACUUUUCAUAAAUACCUUUACUAAUUAUACAAUAUAAUCAAUUCAACUUGAACGAGCUAAACCAAUAUGGAAAAAUCCGCAAAAAUGAAAUUACAAGUAGUACUGAAAA